GCCUUACUCAUCACCGCACACUCGGCCCACUCUGCAUCAGCGUUGCGCCCUCAGGGCUUCGCUCAUGCAGCAGCAGGGCUGCCCAGCUGUGUGCCUGAACGUAAAUAACACGUAUCGAUGUUCAAUGAGACGUUUCAUUUAGCAGUUGUUGGGUGGGAGUGACGUCCGCAGCGAAUCGGUGAUAAGCCAGACUCAACCAAGAUGGCGCUGAGUCAGACAGAGCAGAACGGAAGCCGACUUCAGCUCCGAGUUCAGAGAGUCACUCUGUAAAGUUUCACCGCCAGAAAUGAACAGCAAUGAUUUGGGUCGUGUAGCUUUUAACAGAACAAUAAGGGUUUUCUUUUCAGAGUGGAAUGGUACAGAUACCACAAAGGAAUUAAUUCUUUUAUAAAUGUCACAGUUUUAAGCUACAUUUUUAGUUUUAGUGACUAAAUAUGUAGUUAACAAGCUCGCCAUUUAGGUUGAAACUAGCUGCUUAGUAUGACGCUAAAUAUUUAUCUUGCUAGCUAAAGAAUAGCUCGCUAAAUAUUUAGCUUUUUGCUGGUGUUAUUUAUAGUUAUACAUGGCUCCAGCAGAAGUGAGACUGAGCCUGGAAAAACCUGUAAGUCACAGCUGUCUAAGAAACCAUAACGUGACGUCUGUGAAGGUGGCCUGCUACAUCCUGGUCGCAGUCGGUGCGUUUUCCAUGCUGAUGGGCUUCGUUGGCUGUGUGGGAGCCAUUUACGAGAUCCGCUGUGUGCUGGGCCUGUACUUCACCUGCCUGGUUCUGAUCCUCAUCGCUCAGAUCGUUGCCGGUUCUCUUAUCUACUUCCAGAAGGAAGAGCUGCACAAUGAGAUGUCAAAGGUCAUCGGCGAGGUGCUGGAAGGUUACUCCAACAAUAGCACGAGCACGGAGCGGGCCUGGAGCUUCGUCCAGAAGAAUAUGGAAUGCUGCGGCUGGACAGACCAUGAGGACUGGAAGGUGAACCAGGUGAUCAAAAACAGUUCUGAGGUUCUGUUCCCCUGCUCCUGUCAUAACGUCUCCAUGACCGACCUGAACCCGGCCGAGUCCGACCCGGAAAACAGUUGGCUGUGCAAGUCCAAGACGGCCGACUGGCCCGUUUACAGCACCGGUUGCUCUAAGAGCGUGGAGAGCUGGCUGCUCACCAACAUCGGCGUGGUGCUGGGGAUCUGCGUGGCAGUGGCAUUCAUCGAGCUGCUGGGGAUGGUUCUGUCCGUCUGCAUGUGCAGAAACUUCCAGGAGGAUUACAGCAAAGUGCCCAAGUACUGAGGAACUGGGAGGAAGAGUUCAAACCAGUUUCAGCCUGGAUUUGCUGAACUUCUGUCCAUAUGUUAAAUAAUGAGUAUUUUCUUUGUUUUAUCAGAUUUUCCUUCUGCUUUUGUCAGACUAGUUUCCUUUAAGCACUUUAGAAACGUUUGUAGUUUUCGGAUCCGAACGAUGCUGAAAAUGAAAUUAGAAAUUCGAUGAAUGGCUGGAGUGAAAAGCGAGCGGCUCUUCCCAGUCCUCCCAGUUGGAGCAGCAGGCCUGGAUCGGAUCUCCGCUGGUUUUUACUCCCGCCUUCUGACAUGUGAAAUGUUUUUAGUACUUUGUAUAUAAUUUAAAGGAUUAUUUCUUUGAACUCCAUCAGGUUUCCUGUAUUAUUAAAGAUUUCCUCCUGACUGUCUGGGUUUAGUGGUACUACACAUACUGGUUUCCAGUUUAAACUUUACUUUAGCUUCACAGCCAGUUUAACUCUGAAUUUAGUGGAGAGCUGACAGAAACCUUUGAGCCUCGCUGUAUUUUUUAAAGUUUUUGUAAUGUCUGAAUUAAAAGUGAUUAACUUUGUAAUAACUGGUGGGAUGAAAACGUUGUGGAGGGAAAAACUACUCACAUCAUUUCUUGUGUUUUUGUCAAUAAACUGAACAAAGUUC